AAAGUGAAGGACCUGCAGCCCACAGCUCGCAUUCAAGUCCGCCUUAAAGAGAACACGCGACUCUGUUGGUCUUGUCUUGAGUCCUGUAGCAAAUGUAAUCUUUUACACUCUGAGCCAAUUUGUUGUUUUUUUCUUCUUCCUUUCAAAACAUGUGCAAAGUAUAACGUGUAAGAGUAUUUAGCUUUAAAAGCAACCAUGAGUUGUAUAUGGAAGAACUUGGAAGGCUUUUGCUGACGUUUAAUUGGGAGUUCGUCGCCUAACCGUAGACAUUGUGGAUUACUGAAGGACUGCAGAACACUCUGCCGUCGACUAUUGGCAUCGAUUUACUGGGGGAACUGUAAAGACAUUUCAUCAGGAGGUUCGUCUGCGAAGUCGAAAAUGGGAAGUAAAGCGUUACCAGCGCCGAUCCCGCUCCACCCGUCGCUUCAGCUCACCAACUACUCCUUCCUCCAGGCUGUUAAUACCUUUCCCGCGGCAGUCGAUCAGCUGCAGGGACUUUACGGUCUCAGUGCUGUACAAACCAUGCACAUGAACCACUGGACUCUGGCCUACCCACACAUGCAGGGACUGAGGUCAACCAUCACAGAAAUGGCAGGUGCCCAAGGCUUGGUGGAUCCGCGUUUUCCUUUCCCGGCAUUGCCGUUUGCAGCACACCUCUUCCAUCCGAAGCAAGGCGCAAUCGCUCACGUUAUCCCGUCCCUGCACAAGGACAGGCCGCGGUUUGACUUUGCCAACCUUGCCAUAGCGGCCACCCAGGAGGACCCUCCUAAAUCGGGGGACAUUUCGAAGCUGACUGCUGGCCUCGGGAGCACGAUCUCUGAGCUAAACAAACUGUCUCCGGACAGAAAACCGACGAGAGGAAGGCUGCCGUCGAAGACAAAAAAGGAAUUUAUUUGCAAGUUUUGUGGCAGGCAUUUCACCAAAUCUUACAACCUGCUCAUCCACGAAAGAACCCACACCGACGAAAGACCGUAUACCUGUGAUAUCUGCCACAAGGCCUUUAGAAGACAAGAUCACCUGAGAGACCAUAGAUACAUCCAUUCCAAAGAAAAGCCUUUCAAGUGUCAAGAAUGUGGGAAGGGAUUCUGCCAGUCUCGAACUUUAGCCGUCCACAAAACAUUACACAUGCAGGAAUCGCCUCACAAAUGCCCCACAUGCGGAAGAACCUUUAAUCAAAGAAGUAAUCUGAAAACUCACCUUCUCACCCAUACAGACAUCAAGCCCUACAGCUGUGACCGCUGCGGAAAGGUGUUUCGGCGCAACUGUGACUUGCGACGGCACAGUCUGACGCAUACUCCCGCUCAGGACUACUAGCCACAAAGGCUCUACAUCUAAAAUAAAUAUGGAAGGAAAACAAAAAACAAGAGAACUAAAACAUCAACGACUUUUUGAAGAUAAGAUGCUCUGAGGACCGCUAUGAACGCUACAGAAAUGGACUGACGAACUUUGAACAAGGGGAGAGGACAGCAUAACCGGUGACCGUUUUGUUUUCGACUCAUCGUUUAAAUACCAAAGCUGUCGCAUCCUGUGUAAAUACUGCUUUUUAUUAGACUUUGAAUUGAAAAUGUAAAAGGAGGUAAUGUUGUUUGAUGGUGGACAUAUGUCAAAUUGUAUUCUAGAAAUAAAGAAAGUUUACUAUUCGCGCUGGAAAAUGGUACUAUUUUGUGUAGUUCGUUUUUUUUGGGUGAACUACAAAUAUCAUAUUUUAUAAAACUUUUUGGAAUGAAUACCUGCAAUGAUCACCCCUAAUAAACGACUGUACACACGACGGUGGGAAUUAUUAAAGCACCAUUCCUUAAUUGUGCACCUUU